GGCCGGGCGGGUCGAGGGCGGCGCGGGGACCAGCACCAGUCCCACUGUCCGGAUCCCCGUGCGGUAUGAGCCCGCGUCCCCGCCCCGUGCGGCGCCGCCUCGGGACUCUGGACUUCAGCGACGUGUCAAUCCCACCCCCGCGAGUGCCGGGCAGAGUGCUCAACUCCAGGCAGAAUCCCGAGGAUUCAGAGUAGGAACGAGCAGAAAGUCGCCCUGCGCUCCGGGAGAGCGCAGGACCCGCCCCGCUUAGCAGCGGGCAGACUGGGGAGGCGGCGCCUUGCGUGGAGCCUGGGCCGGGACCGCCCGCGGCGGGUCAGCGGGAGGCAGGAGGGAGGUGCUGCAGCCCGGACUCGACGUCGACGCCCGCACCGCCCGCGAUGGGAAGUGCCUUAUAAAGCCGCAGCCGGAGCAGUCAGACAGACUCUUGGCGACGCCGCCCAGAGCGCGGGCCGCACGUAGCCGCCCCAGAGUGCGCGAAGAGCUAGAGCACAUCCGCGGGGCAUCAACUUCUACCCACCGGGACUCUUAACGGCCGUUGCGAGGAUCGACCGCGUCCCACAGAGAAUUCCUGAUCGCCCUUGCCCAGACCCACUCUGCCCAGGCGGACCCCAGUCGGGGGCCGAGGGCGCCCCCGGCGGCAGGGGCAUGCGCCUCCCGCGGCAUGGCCUCGGCGGUGUUUGAGGGCACGUCGCUCGUGAACAUGUUCGUGCGCGGCUGCUGGGUGAACGGGAUCCGCAGGCUCAUCGUCAGCCGGCGUGGCGAUGAGGAGGAGUUCUUCGAGAUCCGCACCGAGUGGUCGGACCGCAGUGUGCUCUACCUGCACCGCAGCUUCGCGGACCUGGGCCGCCUGUGCAAGCGCCUCCGUGACGCCUUCCCGGAGGACCGGUCUGAACUGGCGCGUGCGCCGCUGCGGCAAGGGCUGCUUGCCAUCAAGGGUGCACAUGACAUAGAGACCAGGCUGAACGAAGUCGAGAAGCUGCUGGAGACGGUCAUUAGCAUGCCGUGCAAGUAUUCUAGGUCUGAGGUUGUCCUCACCUUCUUUGAAAGAUCGCCUCUGGAUCAGGUGUUAAAAAAUGAUAACGUCCAUAAAAUCCAACCCAGCUUUCAAAGUCCUGUGAAAAUAUCAGUAUAUAUAUUUACAUGUGUGUGCCUGGUGUCCACAGAGGCUAAAGAAGGCAUUGGAUCCCUCAGAACUGGAGUUGUAGACGGUUGUGAGCCGCCAGAAAUCAUGAGGUCCAACGGAUUUUGUUUGGCAAACACAGAAACAAUAGUCAUUGACCACAGCAUACCCAAUGGGAAGGACCAGCUCCUGGAUGCGGAUUCCACAGAGCAUUUGUUUGAGAAUGGUGGUGAGUUCACCUCAGAGUUGGAAGAUGGUGAUGACCCAGCAGCUUACGUCACCAACUUGUCCUAUUACCAUCUGGUUCCAUUUGAGACGGACAUUUUGGACUGAGCCUCUCCACAGGGCCUUGUCUGCCUCUAUUCUUGACUGCAUGUCCUCUUGCUAUCUACUGUGUGUCCCCAAGGGCCAACGCUGCUGUUCACCUGGGCCUCUGAGGGCCCUGAAGUUCAACAGGCCUGGGUUUUUAGAAAGCGGAGGAGGCACAAGGGAUCUUGAUGACCACAGGCAGCUCUGAGGGCCUUCUCCCUGCACUCAGCCUGCCUUUUAUGGGACACACUAUUCCUGCAGACCAUGCUUCCUCUUGUCUCUGCUGGCUUGGGGAGCAUUCCUCUUGGUCACAUGGCCCUGACUCCCCACUUUUCUCUUGUGUAUCAAAGGCACUAAGCUUUUCAAGAGGAUUUUUGGUAAGUUACCAAGUUCCGGACCUCAUGGGCAGGGGAUAUUAAGUAACUCAGGACUUUCCUGAGAAGAAGGACGUGUGUCUUCUCUUUUUCUUCUUUACAUCUGCUCCCUGGAAACUGGGUUUGGGGUCAGUUGGAAGGAGAGUUUACACAACAUCAAGCUUGGAGAAGAUUGCUGGCUUUAGGGCGGGGAAAACAUUCACAGUCCGGUGCAUAUGAACCAGGUGUAAAGUUUUCUUCCAGAAAAGAGAGCUCCCUCCUCUCUGCCGGCACCUGUCAGCUCUUCUGCCAGGCAGUGAUGUGGUCACCACUGCUUAGGGUGCUCAAAACCCCUCCUCUGGUAAACUCCAUGGCAUAAGUGCCAUGGUGAACCAGAAAGGAAGGGCUGGGGAGUAAGGGAAGCUUACAGCUUGGACCGCAGAAGGUCUGGGUCCUGCAAGCUCAUGUCUUCACUGUGUCUACUAACGACCAGCACUUGCUAAUGUAAAUAAUAGUAAAUUAUUGAAAAUUCUAAUUCUUUUACACAGUCUGUUUUUAAUCUAUUUUAAUGAAAUAAAAUCUAUUGUUCUACUUUGA